CCACCGGGCGUUUCUCACAGUGGGCACAAUCGAUCGCAAGACACAUUGUAAGGACAUACAUUAUCGGUGCUUCGUGUGUAUGGUUUCCUUCAGGGGGAUCAAGAAAAAGCAACAUCAAAGAUUGGAGUGUCAGUUUCGUUCGUAAGGUUGAGGAAAGUGUUCCGUCCGGACAGUUUCGAGUGUUAUGUCCGUAAUUUCUUGAUUUCUGACUAUUUAUCAAAAUGGCUUCUUCAGUCACUUUGGGUAUAGGUGUUCUUUUGACAGUUAUGGCAGUGCUAUGUUUCGGAUUAAGUUUCAGUACAGAUUAUUGGGCGAUGUGGAACGUCGAUAGGACAGCUUUGAAGACAUACGCUACAGCAAACCCAAGUUCGGACAUAGCUACGAACUUGAACACCCAAAAACUAUAUUUCACGAGAUAUUACGGACUUUGGCGGACGUGCUACCCAGGAAAUGAAACAUACCAAUUUUUAUCUACUGCCCAAGGUGUCACAGACAACUACUGUUUGCUUGUCAACUAUGAGCUUGGGGAAAUGGCACCAAACUAUAGUGGAACCUCGGAAUACUGGGUCAUGAUCAACCUUAGGAGAUGCAGUUUCGGCUUCAUGAUAGCGGCCUUGGUCUUUGGACUCCUGAGCUGUGUGGCAGGGACCUGGGGGUGCUGGAAGGCCACACCUUCACCCAAUUAUAUUGCUGGGGCAAUGUCACUUUUGGGAGCUCUGUUUGGUGGCGGUUCAAUUGGUUGCUUCCAUGGUGUGCACUACUUGGAGCAAGACGUGCUGAGUGAUGCGGGCUUCUACUCGACAUGGCCGACGACCCUGAAAAACGUCAGCUCCUGGAGCCUCCAGUGGUCCUACAUCGUUGGAUGGGUAGGCGUCGCCCUAAUCCUCCUCACCUCCGUCCUCUUCCUCGUCGAAGGCUACAACAUCCAACAGUCUGAGAAUCGGCAGAAAAAGCGCAAGAACUCCAAACGCCUCCACGACUACUACUCCGAGAUGGACAGGAAAGGGUCAAUCAGCGGACAUAUGAGCAACCCAACCGUGCCGUCUCCAGUCCCCAGCCAGCCUCAGCAAAGACAGAUGGACCGGCAGUUGUCUCAGAAGUCGCACCCGCCCAUUGGUAACGGCAUGAACGGUAUGAACGGUAUCCCCGGCAACCCUGAUGACGAUAGAUUGGUCCCUGUCUUGGUGUAUGAUAACUUCGGACAGGAGGGAGAUCUCCAGUAUCUGCAACCAAAUCUGUCAUCGGCUGCAAUGUGGUAGAAAGUUUGCACGGCUGCGGAUUGAUUUCACAGUAUGCACUGCACCGUAUCACGUACAGCGAUGGACUAUAACUCCUAUUACUGUUACGCCUACGUUGUCUUCGGUGAAACAGGAGGAGACACGACGACUACAUUGGCUGUUAUAUAUAUAUCGUUUUAUACUCGCAUAGCAGAGGCCUCGUGCCUGGUUCCAAGUUAUGUCUGCUUAGUUAUGGAGAACGACAUGAUAAGGUUCUCCUCGGUUUAAAUCUUCUAUGCAGAAGUCUGAAGCUAAGUAGACAUUUGAGUAUUGUCGAGUCUGGGGCAAAACUGUAAUCAGGGGUCCUGGAAGUUUUUUCCCUUCUGUAAACCCGACUGACCUUAGAGUAACCGUUCUUCAUUGAGAUGAAAUCGAAAUAAAUCUUGACUGUUUAUAUGUUUAUGUUAAAUUUACUUUAGAUAAUUUGAACGUUUUAGAUUUGUAGACCUUAUUAGUUCUCUGUUGUGUUCGUUACAAUGUUUUAAUUCUGUUAAAGUCAAAUGAAUGUCAUAACACGUUAGUCCAGGAACAUCAUUAGUGAUUAUACACGGUGAUGGUUGUAUUAAACCCGACGAAUUUUGUAUACACCAUGUAAAUUGUACUUUUUCUAAUUUUGCUAUAAAUGUUUUUUAACAAGUAUAA